AUGUCCAAAAUCGAGCCCCAAAUCUGUCAAAUCUGCGAUCUUGAAGCGCAUGGCUUCCAUUUUAGCGUCAUCAGCUGCCGAGCUUGCGCCGCAUUUUUCCGGAGAACUGCUUUUCUCAAAAUUGCCUAUGUUUGUCAGAAAACGAAAAGUUGUGAUGUGACGGAUAAAAAGCGGUUCAGCUGUCGGAGUUGUCGAUACCAGAAAUGUUUAAACAAAGGGAUGAAGCCGUCAAUGAUAAAAUACACCUCAAAUGAGCUAAAGACGAAAUCGAGGGCUGGUAGCAGCCAACCAAGUGAGAUGAGUACACCACCAUCUACGCCAGGGGAUCCGGAGCCACGAGCUUUUGAAGCCUCUUCUUCUGCACCUAUUGCCCCUGACAUUAAACUCGAAGCCUCAGAAACGGCCAGCGAUCUCGGCGAGUUCAUCCAACAACGAGACCAGAUCAAGGCAAAUGUUGAAGCACUUUUUGAGUCGAAUACAAAGCUUACCAACUUCCUAUUCCCCAUCAAACUAUCGUUGACGCAACAAGCCAUGAUAUCCUUAAGUGAACACAUGAAAAAGUGGCCAAUGUGUACCCCGGAGAAGGUAUAUCCCGGUAAGCCGUUCACCAUCGACGAGGUGGUCGUUUAUUACCACCAAGAAAUAGAAAACAUCGCAAAAUUUUGUAUGUCCUUUGAAAAUUUUGCAGGAUUGGAGAGUGGCCAGAAGUGGAUAUUAUUCCGACGAUUUUGGAGUCAUUUCCAACGUCUCGAGAGGUAUCGAGCGAUAUUGCGAUGUUUUGGAAAAUCGCCUAUUACUCGGGUGUUGAUUUAUAAUGGAGCUUAUUACGACUUUGAAGAACAUCUGGAAUGGACGACCAGAUCGACGCAUUUGAAGCAGAUCGUUGAGUAUGGCGGCCGGUCCAUCAUGAAAGAAAUGAUUCUGGUGGGCGGCCAGCUACACCGGCUUGAGCCUACCGAGUUUGAGCUAGUGUUUUGCAUGCUCCAAAUUAUGUGGAGCACGAAAAAUACAGCUGACCUAAAUGAGCAUACCACCACCGUGGCCGCCGAGGCUAGGCACAAACUUUCUCAAGAAGUUCACGAGUACUAUACAGUUGAGAUGAACAAGCCUAGUUAUGCCGGUCGUUUGAUGCAAAUAAUGAAUAUCGUAUCGGCUUUAGAGGAAGUUGAUCGUCUACACCGCGAAGAUCGGACAGCAUUCCGGACCUUCGAAUUGGUACCGCCGGAUCUGAUGAACAACCACUUUACCGAGUUU